GAAUAACUAACUGAACAAUCACAGUACAAAAGUACAAACAAGCAACCUCAUUCCCAUUCCAUGUUGUUUGUCUCUGUCUCAAACAAGCUCACUUUCCUCUUCAACUUUACCUCACACAUACAUAGAUCAAAUCAAAUCAACAACAAAACAAAAACCACACUACUUCCAUUCAUCUUCUUCUUAAAUUCAUCAUUGUAAAGGUUAAAAAUUACUACUAUCAUUUCUUACAAAAUGAAAAUUAACAACAAGACUCAAAACGUGAGGUGUGGAGCUAAGAAGCAACGACACACAAAUAAACUCUUCGGUGUUUUCAGUGGUGGUGCUGGUGCUGUCAAAUUCUUGAAGAAAUCGAAGAAACGAGAAAAAGUUAGAAGCUUGAGUGCUGUUAGUAAUAUUACAACCCCGAUAUCUCAAAUGGGUUGUCAUGUUUCUGAAAAACAACAACAACAACAUACUAAAAGAUUUAAGAUUCCUAAUAAUUUUAUGAAUGGAUGCUAUGGUGCUUCUGUUCCACGGAAGCUACGUUCAGCCAUGAAGAAGCGCGGUCGCGAAUCCAUCUUACUCGAUACAGAAAAGGUGAACCAUAAGAUCAAUGAAAUAGAAUCUCCAGAAAAGGAUAAUGUAAAGAAGUCAAAAGUGAUUAUUAAACAAGAAAUUAGCCAAAACUGGUCCCAAAGAGAAGUUUCCGCUUCCAUCACAAAAGAUGAGGAAGAGGUAGCUGAGACACUUUAUACCAUGGCUGCAAUGUUCCCUCACAGUGACUCUAUUAGUAAGAAACUAGAUGGAGAAUCGUUGAUAGUGAACUCCUCAGUUUUGCGGGACAUGAAGGAGAAUGCUAAUGCGACUCUUGAAGCCUCAGUAAUUGGUCAAGGUGCAAGUCUUUGUCCUGAAAGCUGUUUAACCGGAGAAGCUUCAAAAAUCACUUCUUUAAAUGAAACUGUAAUUAGUCAAGAACCGUCUGAGACAGCAAAGUUAUUGGGGGAAUCUCAUGGCAUUACUCCAACGAUACAUCUUCGGACCAAGGCUGAGACGGUUAACCGCGAAUGUCGCAAUAAAGUUGCAUUGCAUGACUCUGAGUUAUGUCUAGCAAUGGGAUUAAAUAUUACCGGACAAUCACAGAUUUCACGGUGUGAUCCGUUCACAUUUCAGGCCAGAAAUGUUGAUAGCAAGCAAAAACAUCAUUUGAUAAAGGAACACAUAAAAAAUGAAAGUCUUGCAUUGUGGCCUGACUUGUCUUCGGUGUCAUCUGCUGUUAGUCAUAUAAGAUUGCGUAAAAGGUGUGCAACUCAUGUUUACAUCAGUCAUACAAUUCGAAGUAUAGAGUCGGCAAAACAAGGAGUCAUCAAGGAGUCUAAGCUUCUUGAAUGUCGUGAAACGAGAGCACCCGAAGGGUCAAAGCGUGGAGUUCCUUUGGAAGUACACAACUUGAAUGGAGUUGCAUCUGCAACUGUGAAGAAUCCUAGUGAAAGUAAGAAUAGUAUUCUUUUGCAGCAAUGCCACUAUGAUGAGAGAUCACAUGCUGCUCCAACAUCUGGAGCAUACGGUCCUCAAAAGCAAGUAAGCUCGAGGUUUAUUUCGGUAACAAUGCUUCCCCUUAUCCCCUUUCAUGCCCUGAUAACUAUCCUUAUUAUGCAGAGUUUCAACUUCUUGUCUUUGUCAACUGGAAAUAAUGGAUUAUCAGUCCAAAGUAAUAAUUAUAAUAAAGUUGGAAGUAGGAUGGAGCCAUUGUCAAAUUUGCAAGUACCUUAUUUUCAGUCACCGGCUCAUCAACAAAGGGUUGUGCCAAUUCCUACACAUCAAAGUCGUUAUGCCUCAACAGUUUACCUAGAUCAGCUAACUGUUGUAGGACCACAGCUUCGGUUGCAACAACCUCAUUAUUAUGGUAACCAAUUAUGUGGAACUCAAUAUAGUUCAACUUCCAAUACUGGUAAACAAAAGCACCAAAACUUUUGGGGGAUGCAAGAAGCAGCUCAAGGAAGUUCUUUAAAUUGCAACAUUAUGAUGAGGACCCAAAAUCCUAUUUGGCAGAGUGGAAGAAAUGACUCUUCUGCAAUGGGUCCAUGUGCUCAAGCCAUCUUUACAAAUAACCCUGUUUCACAAGAAAUAUUUGGAUCCAAUAUAACUUCAAUCUCGGGGCGACAACUACAGCUCAUUUCCCCCAUCCAAAACAAAUGGGCAAGAUCUUCAUCUCAAUUCUAUAUGUGAAGAAAUUAGGAACAUGUUCCAAAGUAUAUGUGUAUUCGAUAAGUUUAAUUCAGUAAAAUUACCAUUUUCUUUUCAUUUAUAA